AUGCUGCAUUUCUUGCCCGAUGAGAUAACCGUAAAAGUUGUUAAUAAAUUUAUCGUGGUCAAAGGCGAACAUACAAAAAAGCAAGACGAACACGGUCGGAUUUCCAGACAUUUCUCCAGAAAAUACCUGGUUCCGGAACAGUACGACUAUGAAGAGGUUAAGUCUAGCCUUUCAUCGGACGGCGUUUUGACCAUUACAGCCCCCAGGAAAUACGAUCCAAAGUAUCAUCACCAGAAACACGUCAAAAUUGAGGUAACAGGAAAACCCGUGGCUCGCGAAAUUUUAGAGGCCGAGAAAGAAGAUAUGAUGUCGAAUGUACGUCUUAAUUCAUUAGCUUUAUUAAUCAUAUCAUCUUCAUAA